AAAACGACUCAGAGAAGAGCAAGACGAGCCACCUUCCGUCAACGCCUUUUUGCUCAUCUCACUAACCUCCUUCACCGUCUUCCUCUUCCUCCCCUCGUCAUUCUCCGCCGCCAUCAACCGCCGUAUCCCUCCCUCGAUCUCCUCCGCCGUCACCAUCAUCCCACCGUCCCACCGGUAAUCCAUCUUGAUCUCUUCCGCCAGCCCCAGCUCCUCCACCAAUUGAAACGCAUUCAGCUGCUGCUCCGCGUACAUUGGCCACGCCCCGACCGGCACACCAAACCAUAUGCUCUCCAGCACCGAGUUCCACCCGCAGUGUGA